AUGUCCGAUUCAGAGCCAGAGUCUCGGGAAUCUACCCAGCCUCUCAAUGACAGAGCUGACAGUCCCUACGCCCCAUCCCCGCCAAACUUGAGGGUGUCAGACUCUGAGAUGGACGAUGAUGCAUCCUUUCCAGAGAACGAAGAUCGAGAAGAAAGCGAGGCCCUUCAGACCAACACAAAUCAAGAAGAUGUCAUCAUUCCCGUCAAUCUUCCCCCCGCCGGAAUCAUUCCAGUCAAUACCACCAGCCCUGGUGGUAUUGCGACCCCCGCAACCUCGCCGCCAAUGGAGGCCAUGCUCGCAAAUGUCAAUACUUCCCUCGAAAACAUCAAUGGUCUACUCAAAGGUGUUUUGGAGAUGGUCAUCACGCAAAAUAUAGAAACUGGUAUGAUGAUGCACGAGAUUCUCCAAGCGCUCUUGCAUCAGAUGCCGGAUGAGGUCCUGGACACCAGGGGUAAGAUCAGAAUCAAGUUGGGCAACGGGAAUUUCAACAAGUUUCAAAAAGACACGGAAUGCGACUUCGCCAUGAGGAGGUUACGUUUUGCAGGGUCCCCUUGGAAUAUGGUGACAGAUAUCCGGGCUGUUGGAGACAACACCCUGUUGUUGACUAUCGUCGACGAGGUCUGGGAGGAUAAGAUUCGUCUCGAGGUUGGCAGGUUCGGCUCUAUCCUUGGACUUGAGCCGGGUUUCAUAGUCAAGAGUAAGCGGUACUGUGUCGAGAUCGUAGGGUAUUAUGCUUCUCGGCACAAUCAGGAUCCAAGAUCGCAAAAGGUAACUUGGUCUCAAUGGAAUGGAGUUACCAUUACAGAUGUGUUCAGACGAUGCAAUGCACUCGUACUGUCCAUGGAGUCCCGAAAGGAUGCAGAGAAGCUCUGCAAGGGCAGUGGUGUGAUAGUGGACGGGUCUCCUCGUUUGCGAAAGGUUACGCCGGUCGAUCUGCGUGCAUAUGAUCUCUGGUGCAACAGGUGCAACAAGCCUUCGCAUCUACAGAAUGAGUGCAACAAUCCAAUACAGUGCGAAUCCGGGCCCUAUGAAUGUGUCAACUGUCCCGAGCUACAUCGUUCCACCUCAACAGAAUGUAAGAACUCCGAAGUUGUGAAGAUGUUGAGGAUGUGCGCAAAGUGGCGAAAAGCUGGCCCCUCAUGGGCCAGGGAUGUUCAGCAGCCUCAACUACCCGACGAGCUCCUCUUGAACAAAUUGCGAGCCUACAGAAACACGCCAGCCGGACGAGCAUUUUUGGAUGUUUAUAAGCCGGAUCCGGAACCUAGGUAG